AUGACAGGUGGGUGAGAGGGGAGCAGAACACUGGCUUGUUCCAGGACAUUGGAUAUGACUCCAUGAUCUUCCAGGGGAUCACAGCAUCUUUGGGAAUAUUUCUUCAUGUUUUUUUCUUUCAUAAUUUGAUAUUGAGAAUAAAAUCAGGAUAAAUAUGAAAUGCAUUCAGUCCCGGUUGAAUGCAUCUUCAUAGAAUUAGCUGUUUAUAAUAAUAUAAUUUGCUAAAAAAAAUUAAAAGAUUUUGAAACUAUUAAUUCCACUAAUUUAAUGCAAAUGAUAUUUUGAUAUACUCAAGAAUGUAUCUAUUUGGAUCAUUGUAUCAUUGAUGAGAUGUUUAUGAUCUAUCUGGAUCAUUGUCUCAAUGAUUAGAUGUUUAUGAUCUAUCUGAAUCAUUGUACCAAUGAUUAGAUGUUUUGUCAAUUGCUGCAUUGAUAAAUGAUGAGGCAGAAUCCAUCUUUGUACAAACAUCUUUUUUGCAGCUGUGGUACCUGCCAACCACAUUCUGAUAAGUGUAACACUGUACCAUCAUUAUGAUUGUGUCAUGAACUCUUUCUAAUGUUAAAUGUGACUAACACUGGAUUACCUGUUCCCUGACAGACAAAGACAUGGAUGUGAAGAAGCCCAAAAGAAAGGUAAGACCCAGACCCCUCACGCCUUUCUGCUAUCUUUCUUUCUUUCUUUCUUUCUUUCCUUCUUUCCUUCUUUCUUUCUUUCUUUCUUUCUUUCUUUCUUAAUUCCCUGAGGUCUUUAUAUUUUUUCAUCAACUUGCAGUUUCAAUCAAAGAUGUCUUUAAGAAUGUAUUUGAUGUAAGUACCAACAUGCAUGAUUAUAAGGUCCAGUUUUAUGUGCAUUCUCACUGUUUAUCACUCCUCUAUUCACUCCACUGUUUAUCAUUCUGUUUAUCACUCCUCUAUUCACUCUACUGUUUAUCACUCCUCUAUUCACUCUACUGUUUAUCACUCCUCUAUUCACUCCACUGUUUAUCACUCCUCUAUUCACUCCACUGUUUAUCACUCCUCUAUUCACUCCACUGUUUAUCACUCCUCUAUUCACUCCACUGUUUAUCACUCCUCUAUUCACUCUACUGUUUAUCACUCCUCUAUUCACUCCACUGUUUAUCAUUCUGUUUAUCACUCCUCUAUUCACUCCACUGUUUAUCAGUCCUCUAUUCACUCCACUGUUUAUCACUCCUCUAUUCACUCCACUGUUUAUCACUCCUCUAUUCACUCCACUGUUUAUCACUCCUCUAUUCACUCCACUGUUUAUCACUCCUCUAUUCACUCCACUGUUUAUCACUCCUCUAUUCACUCCACUGUUUAUCACUCCUCUAUUCACUCCACUGUUUAUCACUCCUCUAUUCACUCCACUGUUUAUCACUCCUCUAUUCACUCCACUGUUUAUCACUCCUCUAUUCACUCCACUGUUUAUCACUCCUCUAUUCACUCCACUGUUUAUCACUCCUCUAUUCACUCCACUGUUUAUCACUCCUCUAUUCACUCCACUGUUUAUCACUCCUCUAUUCACUCCACUGUUUAUCACUCCUCUAUUCACUCCACUGUUUAUCAUUCUGUUUAUCACUGCUCUAUUCACUCCACUGUUUAUCACUCCUCUAUUCACUCCACUGUUUAUCACUCCUCUAUUCACUCCACUGUUUAUCACUCCUCUAUUCACUCCACUGUUUAUCACUCCUCUAUUCACUCCACUGUUUAUCACUCCUCUAUUCACUCCACUGUUUAUCACUCCUCUAUUCACUCCACUGUUUAUCACUCCUCUAUUCACUCCACUGUUUAUCACUCCUCUAUUCACUCCACUGUUUAUCACUCCUCUAUUCACUCCACUGUUUAUCACUCCUCUAUUCACUCCAUUGUUUAUCACUCCUCUAUUCACUCCACUGUUUAUCAUUCUGUUUAUCACUCCUCUAUUCACUCCACUGUUUAUCACUCCUCUAAUCACUCCACUAUUUAUCACUCCUCUAUUCACUCCACUGUUUAUCACUCCUCUAUUCACUCCACUGUUUAUCACUCCUCUAUUCACUCCACUGUUUAUCACUCCUCUAUUCACUCCACUGUUUAUCACUCCUCUAUUCACUCCACUGUUUAUCACUCCUCUAUUCACUCCACUGUUUAUCAGUCCUCUAUUCACUCCACUGUUUAUCACUCCUCUAUUCACCCCACUGUUUAUCACUCUGUUUAUCACUCCUCUAUUCACUCCACUGUUUAUCACUCCUCUAUUCACUCCACUGUUUAUCACUCCUCUAUUCACUCCACUGUUUAUCACUCCUCUAUUCACUCCACUGUUUAUCACUCCUCUAUUCACUCCACUGUUUAUCAUUCUGUUUAUCACUCCUCUAUUCACUCUACUGUUUAUCACUCCUCUAUUCACUCCACUGUUUAUCACUCCUCUAUUCACUCUACAGUUUAUCACUCCUCUAUUCACUCCACUGUUUAUCACUCCUCUAUUCACUCCACUGUUUAUCACUCCUCUAUUCACUCCACUGUUUAUCACUCCUCUAUUCACUCCAUUGUUUAUCACUCCUCUAUUCACUCCACUGUUUAUCACUCCUCUAUUCACUCCACUGUUUAUCACUCCUCUAUUCACUCCACUGUUUAUCACUCCUCUAUUCACUCCACUGUUUAUCACUCCUCUAUUCACUCCACUGUUUAUCAUUCUGUUUAUCACUCCUCUAUUCACUCUACUGUUUAUCACUCCUCUAUUCACUCCACUGUUUAUCACUCCUCUAUUCACUCUACAGUUUAUCACUCCUCUAUUCACUCCACUGUUUAUCACUCCUCUAUUCACUCCACUGUUUAUCACUCCUCUAUUCACUCCACUGUUUAUCACUCCUCUAUUCACUCCAUUGUUUAUCACUCCUCUAUUCACUCCACUGUUUAUCACUCCUCUAUUCACUCCACUGUUUAUCACUCCUCUAUUCACUCCACUGUUUAUCACUCCUCUAUUCACUCCACUGUUUAUCACUCCUCUAUUCACUCCACUGUUUAUCACUCCUCUAUUCACUCCACUGUUUAUCACUCCUCUAUUCACUCCACUGUUUAUCACUCCUCUAUUCACUCCACUGUUUAUCACUCCUCUAUUCACUCCACUGUUUAUCACUCUGUUUAUCACUCCUCUAUUCACUCUACUGUUUAUCACUCCUCUAUUCACUCCACUGUUUAUCACUCCUCUAUUCACUCUACAGUUUAUCACUCCUCUAUUCACUCCACUGUUUAUCACUCCUCUAUUCACUCCACUGUUUAUCACUCCUCUAUUCACUCCACUGUUUAUCACUCCUCUAUUCACUCUACUGUUUAUCACUCCUCUAUUCACUCCACUGUUUAUCACUCCUCUAUUCACUCCACUGUUUAUCACUCCUCUAUUCACUCCACUGUUUAUCACUCCUCUAUUCACUCCACUGUUUAUCACUCCUCUAUUCACUCCACUGUUUAUCACUCCUCUAUUCACUCCACUGUUUAUCACUCCUCUAUUCACUCCACUGUUUAUCACUCCUCUAUUCACUCCACUGUUCAUCACUCCUCUAUUCACUCCACUGUUUAUCACUGUGUUUAUCACUCCUCUCCCCUGUGUCCAGGUGGAUGUGUGUGGGUAUCCUGUGAGUAUUUUCUUCAUCGUGGUCAAUGAGUUCUGUGAACGUUUCUCCUACUAUGGCAUGCGAGGUGAGGCAGUCACACAACACACCUCUCUCUGUUAACCAGCAGCAGCGUUUACUACAGAAUUGAAAUAACUCAGUGGUAGUUACAAUGCAUUUACCAAUGUUAGGGACUGGAACUGUGGAUGGACACAUUGAGUGGUUCUGUUCUCCCCCUAGCGGUGUUGGUGCUGUACUUUAGGUAUUUCCUGAAGUGGGAUGAUGACCUGGCCACCUCUAUCUAUCACACCUUCGUUGCUCUCUGCUACCUGACUCCUAUACUGGGGGCCAUAGUGGCAGACUCCUGGCUGGGAAAGUUCAAGUGAGUCCAAACCCACUACAUCAAUUUAUCAUAUGAUCUUCCAUAGAAAUCGGGGUUCCCUUUCUUGAGUUGUCUUUCCAAAGGGGGGGAAAAGGGAAGGGGGGGGGAAAAAAAAGGGGGAAAAAGGAAAAGAGAGAGGACAAACAAAAAAAAAAAAAAAGAAAAGAGAGAAAAGAGAGAAGAAGAGGGAAAAGCAGAGAAGGAAAGAGAAAAGAGGUAGGGGAGAAAGAGGGGAGAGGGGAGGAGAGAAGAGAGAGGAAAAAGAGAGGGAAGAAGGGGAGAGGGGAGAGAGAGAAAGUUUUUUUAGAGAGGAGGCCAGGGGGGGAGAGAGAGAGAGAGAGAGGAGAAAAGCAAAAAAAAAAGAAGGGGGGAGAAAAAGGGAAGGGGAGAGCAGAGGAGGGGAAGAGGAGAAGAGGAGAGGAGGAAGAGGAAAGAGAGGCCCAAAAAAAAAAGGGGAAAGAGGAGAGAGAGGGGGCCCAGAAGAGAGAGAGAAAAAGGGAGGGAGGGAAAGGAGAGGAGAGAAAGAAAAAAGGGGGAGAAAGGAAAAAAAGGGAAAUUUAGGGGAAACCAAAUUUUUAAAAAGGACGUUAAAGGGGGGGGGAAAAAGAAAAAAGGAGAGAAGAAGGAGGAGAGGAAAAAAAGGGGAGAGGAAAAGAGAGAGAAAAAAAAAAUAAAAGGGAAGUUUUGAAAGAGAAAUUUAAAGAGGAAAAUAAAAAGUUCCACACCGGGGGAAGAAAAAGAGAACAAAAAAAAAAAAGGAAGAAAAAAAAACUCCCCAAAAAUAAUAAAAGAGAAAAAAAAGGGAGACUAAGAAAUUGAGAAAAGAAAGAGAAAGGGGAAAAAACAGGAAGAAAAAAGCGGGUAAAAGGGGAAAAAAAAAAAAAACAAGGGGAAAAAGGAAAAAAAAAGAAAAGAAAGGGGGAAAAAAAGAGGAGAGGGAAAAAAGGGGAAAAAACCGGAGGGGGAAAAAAAAAAACCCGGGAAAGGGGACGGGGAAAGGGAAGGAGAGAGAGAAAAAGAAGAAAAAAAAAAGAGAGGGGAGGGGAAGAAAAAAGAAGGGAGAGAGAGAAAAAAAGGGAAAAAGAGAGAGGGGGAGAGAGAGAAAAAAAGGAAAAAAAAAAAAGAGAAGGGGGGAGAAGGGAGAGAAAAGAGAGGGAGGGGAGAGAAAAAGGAGAAAAGAGAGGGGGGGAAAAGAGAGAGAAAAAGAAAAGAAAGAAAAAAGAGGAGAAGAGAGAGGAGGAGGGGAUGAGAGGGGAGAGGAAGAGAGGGGAGAGAGGAGAGAGAGCGGGAGAGGGGAAGAGGAGGGGAGAGGGAGAGAGAAGAGAGAGCGGAGGAGAGAGAGAGAGAGGAGGGGGAGAGAGGAAGAGAGGAGAGAGAGGGGGGAAAAGGGGAGGGAGCGAGAGGGGCGAGACCAGGGGGAGAGCGAGAGAGGCCGGAGGAGGGCGACGGGCCCCCCAGCCCCCCGGGGAGAGGAGAGAAAAGGGGGGAGGAGCGGGAGAGAGAGAGAGAGAGAGAGAGAGAGAAAAGAGAGGGGAGAGAGGGAGAGAGAGACGGGGAGAGAGAGAGGGGGAGAAGAGAGAAAAGAGAGAAAAGGGAGAGGGAGAGGAGAGAGAGGGGGAGGAGAGAGGGAAAAGAGAGAAGGAGGAGGGAGAGGAAGAGGAGGGGGGGGGAGGGAGAGAGAGGGGGAGGGAGCCCCCCCAGAUAAGGAAAGGGGCGAGGGGGGAGAGAAAGGAAAGGGAAAGGAAAAGAGGGGAAGGGGGGAGAGAGAGGAGAGGAAAAGGGAGGAGGGGGGGAGAGAGAGAGAGAGAAGGGCGGAGGAGGGAGGGAAGGGGAGAGGAGAGAGAGGGGAAAAGGGGAGAGAAGAGCGAAGAGAGAGGAGGGAUAGAGAGGGAGGAGAGAGAGAGAAAAGGGGAGAGGAAAAAGAGAGAGAAAAAGAGAGAAAAGGGAGAGGGGAGAGAAAAAGAGAGGGGAGGGGGGGAGAGAGGGGGAGAGAGAGAGAGAGGAGAGAGAGAGGAGAAAAAGGGGGAGAGAGAGAGAGAGAGGGAGCGGGGAGCGCGAGAGAGAGAGAGAAGAGGGAAAAAGGGAGAGGGCGAGAGAGAGAGAGAGAGAAAAGGGGGGGAGGGGGAAGAGGAGAAAGGGGAAAAGGGGAGGCAAAAAAGAAAGAAAAGGGGAAAAGGGGAAAAGGGAGAGAGGGGAAGGGGAGAGAGAGCGAGAGAGCCGGGGAAAAGAGAGGCAGGGGGAGAGAGAGAAUGAGAGAAAAUGGGAAAAAGAGGGAGAAAAAAGCCCAACCUAUUGGGGGGUUUUGUUAUCUCUCUCUUAUCCCCUUUUCUCUAUCUUUUAUUAUCUCCUCUCUCUCCUAUCUCUGGUUCCCCUUUUAUCCUUCUUUCUCUCUUCUCUCUAUCAAACGGGGGGAAAAAGGCUAAUCCUAUAGGGGGGUCCCAUCUCUGCUCUCUUAUUUAAAAAGGGGGGCGGUUAAACAUUUUUUCUAGCCCUUUUCCCUUUUUCCUUUUUACCUUUUUGCCCCUUCCCCCCUAACCCCCCCUCUCUCUCUCUCUCUCUCUCUCUCUCUUUUUCCAGGACUAUUGUCUAUUUAUCCAUUGUCUAUACAGUGGGACAGGUUGUCAUGGCAGUAAGCGCUAUCCACGACAUCACAGACACAGACAUGGACGGGACCCCUGACAACAUGACCUUCCAUGUGUGAGUUCAUCUGUUGUUCUCCCUAAACACAACAUCCUACAUAAGCCUAGAUCACAGGGUACAGUACAGCAUUGUAAAAAGAUUAGAGUUAGUAAACUUAGUCGAUCAAGUUGACUCAACUUAUUGAUAUGAUAUGAGUUCCAUUAGUUGAACUGUUAAGUGAUGUGCUGUUCUCUCCCCUUCAGGGCCAUGUCUAUGGUUGGCCUGUUCCUCAUCGCUCUGGGAACGGGGGGAAUCAAACCCUGUGUUGCUGCCUUCGGAGGAGACCAGUUUGAAGACCACCAGGUUGGUAACACUAGCGGAGCAGCCAUUUUACAGUCUACUGACCUCCGUCAUUACGGUAGUGUAGACGCCAUUUUAGAAACAACACACAGCCCUUCCUUUUAGAGUCUGUCUCUACUGACCCUCAGUAGUGUAGACGCCAUUUUGUAAAGCAGCGUCUGGAGAGGUUUGUUACUGUGACUUCAGUCAUUAUCAGUGCUGACUGUGCCGAGCCAGCAGCUGUAGGUGUAUCUAUCUAACACAUUCCACCUGGUUGUUUAUUAACGAUGAACCCUGGUUACACGCUGGGAGGGCAUUUAGGGUUAUAGUGCAUCAUGUUGCUGAUGUGGGUGAAUCUCCAGCAGAUAGAUGCUGCUGCUCCUCCUACUAUUACUAUUACUGUUACUAUUGAGCCGGCUGUGGUUAGACACCAGUGUGAAGGUCAGAUGUUUGCAGGCUAUAUAGCAAGCUAGCUCUCUAGACCCGCCUCCUUGUAACACCACCUCUAACCCUGUUCUCCUGUUCCAACCCUGUUCUCCUGUUCUAACCCUGUUCUCCUGUUCUAACCCUGUUCUCCUGUUCCAACCCUGUUCUCCUGUUCUAACCCUGUUCUCCUGUUCUAACCCUGUUCUCCUGUUCCAACCCUGUUCUCCUGUUCUAACCCUGUUCUCCUGUUCCAACCCUGUUCUCCUGUUCCAACCCUGUUCUCCUGUUCUAACCCUGUUCUCCUGUUCUAACCCUGUUCUCCUGUUCUAACCCUGUUCUCCUGUUCCAACCCUGUUCUCCUGUUCCAACCCUGUUCUCCUGUUCCAACCCUGUUCUCCUGUCCUCCUGUCCAUGUCUCCUGUCCUCCUGUCCUCUGAACCUGUCCUCCUGUCCACGUCUCUUGUCCUCUGAACCUGUCCUCCUGUCCAUGCGUUCUCCAGGAGAAACAGAGGAGCACAUUCUUCUCCAUCUUCUACCUGUCAAUCAAUGCUGGUAGUCUCCUGUCCACCGUCAUUACACCCAUCCUCAGAGGUACGACGAUAACCUAACCCUAAACUAACAUGAACCUGGUCAGCCUUUACAUUACUAACCCUAAACUAACAUGAACCUGGUCAGCCUUUACACUACUAACCCUAAACUAACAUUAACCUGGUAACCUUUCGAUUACUAACCCUGAAACUAACAUAACCUGGUCAGCCUUUACAGUUACUAACCCUAAUAACGUUAACCUGUCACCUUUACAUACUAACCCUAACUAACAGUUAACCUGUCAGCCUGUUACAUGUACUAACCCUAACUAACAUAACCUGUCCCUUUUACAACCCUAAUGACAUUAACCUGGUCGCCUGUACAUUACUAACCCUAAACUAACAUUAACCUGGUCAGCCUUUCUUACUAACCUAAACUAACAUGUAACCUGGUCAGCCUUACAUUACAACCCUAAACAACAUUAACCUGUCAGCCUUUACUACUAACCUAAACAACAUUAACUGGUCAGCCUUUACAUACUAACCCUAAACUACAUAACCUGGUCAGCCUUACAUACUAACCCUAAACAACAUAACCUGGUCAGCCUUUACAUUACUAACCCUAAACUAACAUUAACCUGGUCAGCCUUUACAUUACUAACCCUAAACUAACAUUAAAACCUGGUCAGCCUUUACAUUACCUAACCCAAAACUAACAUUAAACCUGGUCAGCCUUUAAAUAUUACUAACCCUAAACAACAUUAAACUGGUCAGCCUUACAUUACUAACCCUAAACUAACAUUUAACAUGGUCAGCCUUUAAAUACUAAACCCUAAAACUAACCUGACCAUGGUCAGCCUUUACAUACUAACCUAAACGAACAUUAACUGGUCAGCCUUUACUUACUAACCCUUAAACUAACAUUAACCUGGUCAGGCCUUUACCUUACUAACCCUAACAACAACAUUUAACCUGGUCAGCCUUUACUUUAUCUAACCCUAAACUAACUACCUGGUCAGCCAUUACAUUACAACCCUAAACUAACAUUAACUGGGCAGCCUUUACAUUACUAACCUAAACUAACAGUAACCGGUCAGCCUUUACAUUACAGAACCCUAAACUAACAUUAACCUGAGUCGCCUUUACAUUACUACCCUAAACUAACAUUAACCUGGUCAGCCUUACAUUACUAACCCUAAACUAACAUUAACCUGGUCAGCCUUUACAUUACUAACCCUAAACUAACAUUAACCCUGGUCAGCCUUUACAUUACUAACCCUAAACUAACAUUAACCUGGUCAGCCUUUACAUUACUAACCCUAAACUAACAUUAACCUGGUCAGCCUUUACAUUACUAACCCUAAACUAACAUUAACCUGGUCAGCCUUUACAUUACUAACCCUAAACUAACAUUAACCUGGUCAGCCUUUACAUUACUAACCCUAAACUAACAUUAACCUGGUCAGCCUUUACAUUACUAACCCUAAACUAACAUUAACCUGGUCAGCCUUACAUUACUAACCCUAAACUAACAUUAACUGGUCAGCCUUACAUUACUAACCCUAAUAACAUUAACCUGGUCAGCCUUUACAUUACUAACCCUAAACUAACAUUAACCUGGUCAGCCUUUACAUUACUAACCCUAAACUAACAUUAACCUGGUCAGCCUUUACAUUACUAACCCUAAACUAACAUUAACCUGGUCAGCCUUUACAUUACUAUCAUUAUGCCUGUGGAAUAUGGACAGUUUCUACAUCCAAUACCACAAUAACCCAACACCAUGUGUGUGUCCCCUCCGCCAGGCCAGGAGUGUGGUAUCCACUCUCAACAGAAGUGCUAUCCUCUGGCCUUCGGCGUCCCGGCAGCCCUGAUGGUGGUGGCUCUCAGUGAGUUCUGUUACCCUCGUUUCCUAACCCUGACCUCGUUUACACUUCAUGGAGUUGCUUCCUUCCUAACAUUCAUCAGUAUUGAUCUGAACUCUGUCUGUCUGUCCACUGUAUCUCAUCUAUGACUCUCUGUUUAGUUAACAGAGGCGGAUGUCUCUCUGUGUUUCCACAGUCGUGUUCAUCGUUGGCAGUGGCAUGUACAACAAGACUGCUCCUAAAGGCAACAUUAUGCUGGAGGUCUGCAAGUGCAUCGGGGUAAGACAGUCUAUUAACAUCCAGACAGUAAGGGGGUAAGACAGUCUAUUAACAUCCAGACAGUAAGGGGGUAAGACAGUCUAUUAACAUACAGACAGUAAGGGGUAAGACAGUCUAUUAACAUCCAGACAGUAAGGGGGUAAGACAGUCUAUUAACAUCCAGACAGUAAGGGGGUAAGACAGUCUAAUAACAUACAGACAGUAAGGGGGUAAGACAGUCUGUUAACAUACAGACAGUAAGGGGGUAAGAUAGUCUAAUAACAUCCAGACAGUAAGGGGUAAGACAGUCUAUUAACAUCCAGACAGUAAGGGGGUAAGACAGUCUAUUAACAUCCAGACAGUAAGGGGGUAAGACAGUCUAUUAACAUCCAGACAGUAAGGGGGUAAGACAGUCUAUUAACAUCCAGACAGUAAGGGGGUAAGACAGUCUAUUAACAUCCAGACAGUAAGGGGGGUAAGACAGUCUAUUAACAUCCAGACAGUAAGGGGGUAAGACAGUCUAUUAACAUCCAGACAGUAAGGGGGUAAGACAGUCUAUUAACAUCCAGACAGUAAGGGGGUAAGACAGUCUAUUAACAUCCGGACAGUAAGGGGGUAAGACAGUCUAUUAACAUCCAGACAGUAAGGGGGUAAGACAGUCUAUUAACAUCCAGACAGUAAGGGGGUAAGACAGUCUAAUAACAUCCAGACAGUAAGGGGGUAAGACAGUCUAAUAACAUACAGACAGUAAGGGGGGUAAGACAGUCUAUUAACAUACAGACAGUAAGGGGGUAAGACAGUCUGUUAACAUACAGACAGUAAGGGGGUAAGAUAGUCUAAUAACAUCCAGACAGUAAGGGGGUAAGACAGUCUAUUAACAUCCAGACAGUAAGGGGGUAAGACAGUCUAUUAACAUCCAGACAGUAAGGGAUUAGACAGUCUAUUAACAUCCGGACAGUAAGGGGGUAAGACAGUCUAAUAACAUCCAGACAGUAAGGGGGUAAGACAGUCUAUUAAAAUAAAGACAGUAAGGGGGGUAAGACAGUCUAUUAACAUCCAGACAGUAAGGGGGUAAGACAGUCUAAUAACAUCCAGACAGUAAGCGGGUAAGACAGUCUAAUAACAUCCAGACAGUAAGGGGGUAAGACAGUCUAAUAACAUCCAGACAGUAAGGGGGGUAAGACAGUCUAUUAACAUCCAGACAGUAAGGGGGUAAGACAGUCUAUUAACAUCCAGACAGUAAGGGGGUAAGACAGUCUAUUAACAUCCGGACAGUAAGGGGGUAAGACAGUCUAAUAACAUCCAGACAGUAAGGGGGUAAGACAGUCUAUUAACAUAAAGACAGUAAGGGGGUAAGACAGUCUAUUAACAUCCAGACAGUAAGGGGGUAAGACAGUCUAAUAACAUCCAGACAGUAAGGGGGUAAGACAGUCUAAUAACAUCCAGACAGUAAGGGGGUAAGACAGUCUAAUAACAUCCAGACAGUAAGGGGGUAAGACAGUCUAUUAACAUCCAGACAGUAAGGGGGUAAGACAGUCUAUUAACAUCCGGACAGUAAGGGGGUAAGACAGUCUAAUAACAUCCAGACAGUAAGGGGGUAAGACAGUCUAUUAACAUCCAGACAGUAAGGGGGUAAGACAGUCUAUUAACAUAAAGACAGUAAGGGGGUAAGACAGUCUGUUAACAUACAGACAGUAAGGGGGUAAGAUAGUCUAAUAACAUCCAGACAGUAAGGGGUAAGACAGUCUAUUAACAUCCAGACAGUAAGGGGGUAAGACAGUCUAUUAACAUCCAGACAGUAAGGGGGUAAGACAGUCUAUUAACAUCCAGACAGUAAGGGGGGUAAGACAGUCUAUUAACAUCCAGACAGUAAGGGGGUAAGACAGUCUAUUAACAUCCAGACAGUAAGGGGGUAAGACAGUCUAUUAACAUCCAGACAGUAAGGGGGUAAGACAGUCUAUUAACAUCCAGACAGUAAGGGGGUAAGACAGUCUAUUAACAUCCAGACAGUAAGGGGGUAAGACAGUCUAUUAACAUCCGGACAGUAAGGGGGUAAGACAGUCUAUUAACAUCCAGACAGUAAGGGGGUAAGACAGUCUAUUAACAUCCAGACAGUAAGGGGGUAAGACAGUCUAAUAACAUCCAGACAGUAAGGGGGUAAGACAGUCUAAUAACAUACAGACAGUAAGGGGGUAAGACAGUCUAUUAACAUACAGACAGUAAGGGGGUAAGACAGUCUGUUAACAUACAGACAGUAAGGGGGUAAGAUAGUCUAAUAACAUCCAGACAGUAAGGGGGUAAGACAGUCUAUUAACAUCCAGACAGUAAGGGGGUAAGACAGUCUAUUAACAUCCAGACAGUAAGGGAUUAGACAGUCUAUUAACAUCCGGACAGUAAGGGGGUAAGACAGUCUAAUAACAUCCAGACAGUAAGGGGGUAAGACAGUCUAUUAAAAUAAAGACAGUAAGGGGGUAAGACAGUCUAUUAACAUCCAGACAGUAAGGGGGUAAGACAGUCUAAUAACAUCCAGACAGUAAGCGGGUAAGACAGUCUAAUAACAUCCAGACAGUAAGGGGGUAAGACAGUCUAAUAACAUCCAGACAGUAAGGGGGUAAGACAGUCUAUUAACAUCCAGACAGUAAGGGGGUAAGACAGUCUAUUAACAUCCAGACAGUAAGGGGGUAAGACAGUCUAUUAACAUCCGGACAGUAAGGGGGUAAGACAGUCUAAUAACAUCCAGACAGUAAGGGGGUAAGACAGUCUAUUAACAUAAAGACAGUAAGGGGGUAAGACAGUCUAUUAACAUCCAGACAGUAAGGGGGUAAGACAGUCUAAUAACAUCCAGACAGUAAGGGGGUAAGACAGUCUAAUAACAUCCAGACAGUAAGGGGGUAAGACAGUCUAAUAACAUCCAGACAGUAAGGGGGUAAGACAGUCUAUUAACAUCCAGACAGUAAGGGGGUAAGACAGUCUAUUAACAUCCGGACAGUAAGGGGGUAAGACAGUCUAAUAACAUCCAGACAGUAAGGGGGUAAGACAGUAUAUUAACAUCCAGACAGUAAGGGGGUAAGACAGUCUAUUAACAUAAAGACAGUAAGGGGGUAAGACAGUCUGUUAACAUAAAGACAGUAAGGGGGUAAGACAGUCUAUUAACAUCCAGACAGUAAGGGGGUAAGACAGUCUAAUAACAUCCAGACAGUAAGGGGGUAAGACAGUCUAUUAACAUAAAGACAGUAAGGGGGUAAGACAGUCUAUUAACAUCCAGACAGUAAGGGGGUAAGACAGUCUAAUAACAUCCAGACAGUAAGGGGGUAAGACAGUCUAUUAACAUCCAGACAGUAAGGGGAUUAGACAGUCUAUUAACAUCCAGACAGUAAGGGGGUAAGACAGUCUAUUAACAUCCAGACAGUAAGGGGGUAAGACAGUCUAUUAACAUCCAGACAGUAAGGGGGUAAGACAGUCUAUUAACAUAAAGACAGUAAGGGGGUAAGACAGUCUAUUAACAUCCAGACAGUAAGGGGGUAAGACAGUCUAUUAACAUAAAGACAGUAAGGGGUAAGACAGUCUAUUAACAUCCAGACAGUAAGGGGGUAAGACAGUCUAAUAACAUCCAGACAGUAAGGGGGUAAGACAGUCUAUUAACAUCCAGACAGUAAGGGGGUAAGACAGUCUAUUAACAUCAAGACAGUAAGGGGGUAAGACAGUCUAUUAACAUAAAGACAGUAAGGGGGUAAGACAGUCUAUUAACAUAAAGACAGUAAGGGGGUAAGACAGUCUAUUAACAUCCAGACAGUAAGGGGGUAAGACAGUCUAUUAACAUAAAGACAGUAAGGGGGUAAGACAGUCUAUUAACAUAAAGACAGUAAGGGGGUAAGACAGUCUAUUAACAUACAGACAGUAAGGGGGUAAGACAGUCUAAUAACAUCCAGACAGUAAGGGGGUAAGACAGUCUAUUAAUAUCCAGACAGUAAGGGGGUAAGACAGUCUAUUAACAUACAGACAGUAAGGGGAUAAGACAGUCUAUUAACAUCCAGACAGUAGGAGAUUUCCAGAGUCAUAUCUUUCCAUGUGAAACUCUCCAUGAUGUGAAUGUCUGGUUUUGAGCAGAGCUAUUAAGUGUUUGUGUGUUCUAUCUCUCCCCUCUAGUUUGCCAUAAAGAACCGCUUCAGGCAUCGCAGCAAGAAGUUCCCUAAGAGAGAACACUGGAUGGACUGGGCCGAUGAGAAAUAUGAUGUAGGUCCAUGUUCACUGUUCUAUGGGAAAAACCAACACUACCAAAAUAGCAGUUCAUAUAGCUGUUGAAAAUUAAAGUCAACUGAAGGAUGUUUACAAUGCAGGAGAAAAAUUCAGAAAAUCUGCCUCGCUCAUCUUCAUCUCCGCUAAAGACAAAAGAAAGAGCGAGAAGAGAUGAAGCAGGAAGAGACGAAGAAAGAAGGAGAAGAGGGGAGAGAAGACGGAGAGACGGAGAGGAAGAAGACAAGGAACUUCGGCUUCUCCUCCUCUAUGCUCUCCUCUUUCGCUCUCCCCUUUUCUCUACUCUACCUCUCCUCCUCCUCUUCCUCUUCCUCCUCCUCUCCUCCUCUUCCUCUCUUUUUCUCCUCCUCCUCCUCCUCUCAUCCAGAAACUGCUGGUGGCCCAGGUGAAGAUGGUGCUGAAGGUUCUGUUUCUCUACAUCCCCCUUCCCAUGUUCUGGACUCUGUUUGACCAACAGGUAAGAACCCUAACCCUAAACCCGUACAUUUAAUUAACACAAUAAAAAAAUCCCCUUCGAAAUCUGUCAGUUUAAGAUAGAUAUCUGUUUAAGCUAAAUAUAUCUAUUUGAGCUAGAGAGAUCUGUUUAAGCUAGGGAUAUCUGUUUAAGCUAAAGAGAUCAGUUUAAAAUAGAGAUAUCAGUUUAAGCUAUAGAGAUCUGUUUAAGAUAGAGAGAUCUGUUUAAGCUAUAGAGAUCCGUUUAAGAUAGAGAUAUCUGUUUAAUAUAUAAAUAUCUGUUUAAGCUAUAGAGAUCUGUUUAAGAUAGAGAGAUAUGUUUAAGCUAGAGAUAUCUGUUUAAACUAGAGAUAACCGUUUAAGCUAGAGAGAUCAGUUUAAAAUAGAGAGAUCUGUGUAAGCUAGAGAUAUCAGUUUAAGCUAGAGAUAUCAGUUUAAGCUAGAGAGAUCUGUUUAAGCUAGAGAGAUCUGUUUAAGCUAGAGUGAUAUGUUUACAUUAGAGAGAUCUGUUUAAGCUAGAGAUAUCAGUUUAAGCUAGAGAGAUCUGUUUAAGCUAGAGAGAUCUGUUUAAGCUAGAGAGAUCUGUUUAAGCUAGAGAGAUCUGUUUAAAUUACAGAUAUCAGUUUAAGCUAGAGAUACUUUUUGCAUUGGAUGCGUCUCAAUCCGAUCAUCCGCCGAUGUUCAACAUCUGCGGUGAAAGUUGGCAGAGCUAGAGCGCUGUUUGUCAGGCCAUGAGACGCUUCGUCUGAAGGAAACCAAUACUGGUUUGAAAAAUGAAUGGAAGUAUUUGGUAUUUGGUAUUUUAUUAGGAUCCCCAUUAGCUGUUGCAAAAGCAGCAGCUACUCUUCCUCGGGUCCACACAAAACAUGAAACAUGACAUAAUACAGAACAUUAAUAGACAAGAACAGCUCAAGGACAGAACUACAUACAUUUUUUUAAAAGGCACACGUAGCCUACAUAUCAAUACAUACACACAAACUAUCUAGGUCAAAUAGGGGAGAGGCGUUGUGCCGUGAGGUGUUGCUUUAUCUGUUUUUUUUUAAACCAGGUUUGCUGUUUAUUUGAGCAAUAUGAGAUGGAACAGAGUUCCAUACAAUAAUGGUUCUAUAUAACACUGUACGCUUUCUUGAAUUUGUUCUGGAUUUGUGGACUGUGAAAAGACCCCUGGUGGCAUGUCUGGUGGGGUACGUGUGUGUGUCAGAGCUGUGUGUAAGUUGACUAUGCAAACAAUUUGGGAUUUUCAACACAAUGUUUCUUAUAAAAAGAAAAAGUGAUGUAGUCAGUCUCUCUUCAACUCUUAGCUAAGAGAGACUGGCAUGCAUAGUAUUUAUAUCAGCCCUCUGAUUACAGUGAAGAGCAAGACGUGCCGCUCUGUUCUGGGCCAGCUGCAGCUUAACUAGGUCUUUCCUUGCAGCACUUGACCACACGACUGGACAAUAAUCAAGAUUUGACAAAACUAGAGCCUGCAGGACUUGCUUUUUGGAGUGUGGUGUCAAAAAAGCAGAGCAUCUCUUUAUUACGGACAGACCUUUCCCCAUCUUUGCAAUCAUUGAAUCUAUAUGUUUUGACCAUGAUAGUUUACAAUCUAAGGUAACGCCAAAUAAUUGCAUUAAAGAAAAACGUUUGAGUUCUAUUAGAGAGAUAGCUCUGAAUCCAAGAUAUGGCAGAGGUUGAAAAGCCAUAACACAUACGUUUUUUCAACAACAGGUUAUGGUCAAUAAUAUCAAAGGCUGCACUGAAAUCUAACAUUACAGCUCCCACAAUCUUCUUAUUAUCGAUUUCUUAUCAAUUUCUUAUCAAUUUCAAUCAGUCAUUUGUGUCAGUGCAGUACAUGUUGAGUGCCCUUCCCUAUAAGCAUGCUGAAAGUCUGUUGUUAAUUUGUUUACAGAGAAAUAGCAUUGUAUUUGGUCAAACACAAUUUUUUCCAACAUUUUGCUAAGAGCUGGCAGCAAGCUGAUAGGUCUGCUGUUAGAACCAGUAAAGGCCGCUUUACCACUCUUGGGUAGCAUAAUUACUUUGGCUUCCCUCCAGGCCUGAGGACAAAGACUUUCCUCUAGGCUCAGAUUAAAGAUAUGACAGAUAGGAGUGGCUAUAGAGUCAGCUACCAUCCUCAGUAGCUUUCCAUUGUCACGAACGUUGAGAGACGGGUCGGACCAAGGUGCAGCGUGCAAAGCGUACAUGUUUAUUAACUCAAAUAAACAUACAACAAAACAAGAAACAACGUAACGUGAAGUCCAAAGGGCUAUACACACACCAGCCGAACAGGAACAAGAUCCCACAAUACACAGCAGGCAAUGGGCUACCUAAGUAUGAUCCCCAAUCAGAGACAAUGAGCGACAGCUGCCUCUGAUUGGGAAUCAUACCCGGCCAGACAUAGAAAUAGGAAAACUAGAACCUAAACCUAGAAAUUCUAACAUAGAUACUGACGCCCUGACCAAACCAACUAAAGACAACCGGCCUCUCAAGGCCAGGGCGUGACAUCCAUCUAAGUUGUCAAUGCCAGGAGGUUUGUCAAUAAUUUUUCCACCUCUCCCACACUAACUUUACAAAAUUCUAACUUGCAAUGCUUUUCUUUCAUUAUUUGUUUUUUUUAUACGUGAAUACAAUGGCUCACUGUUCAUUGUUGGCAUUUCCUGCCUAAGUUUGCCCACUUUGCCAAUGAAGUAAUCAUUAAAAUAAUUGCCAACAUCAAAUGGUUUUGUGAUGAAAAAGCAAUCUGAUUCGAUGAAAGAUGGAGUUGAAUUGGUCUUUCUGCCCAUAAUUCCAUUUAAAGAACUCAAAAGUUUUUUUCUAUCAUUCUUUAUAUUAUUGAUCUUUGCUUCAUAAUACGGUUUCUUCUUCUUUUUGUUGAGUUAAGUCACAUAAUUUCUCUAUUUGCAGUAAGUCAGCCAGUCAGAUGUGCAGCCAGACUUAUUAGCCACUCCUUUUGCCCCGACUCUUUCAACCAGACAGUUUAUCAAUUCCUCAUCAAUCCAUGGAGCCUUAACAGCUCUAACAGUUAGUUUCCUAACAGGUGCAUGUUUAUCAAUAAUUGGAAGAAGCAAUUUCAUAAAUUCAUCAAGUGCAGCGUCUGGAUGCUCCUUAUUAAUCACAUCAGACCAACAAAUAUUUUUAAUAUCAUCCACAUAAGAGUCACAGCAGAAUCUUUUGUAUGAUCUCUUAUAUACUAUUUUAGGCCCAGCUUUUGGAACUUUGUCUUUCCUGGAUAUAGCCACUAUAUUGUGAUCACUGCAUCCAAUGGGUACGGAUACAGCUUCAGAACAAAGUUCUACAGUAUUACUAAAAAUGUGAUCGAUACAUGUGGAUGAUGUUGUUCCUGUAGUGUUUGUAAACACCCUGGUAGGUUGAUUAAUAACCUGAACCAGAUUACAGCCGCUGGUUACAGUAAGGAGUAUGGAGGUAGUUUGGUGCCAACCCCAAAAAUGGGGUUAAAUAUGUGUACAAAAAAUGUGUAUAAAUAUUUCCUGAUCUUUCUUAUAUCUCCCAGAUAUAGAACAGACAUUCCUUAGGAUUCAUGUUUUUAAUCGUGUUUUAUUUUCUUGCCAUUUCUGAAUGUGUUAUUCAGCGCCAUUCUGUGGGCUACAGUAGUAAAGGCCAAAUUAAAUAUAUAUAUUUUUGAUACCUAAAAGGGUCCUCAAAUUCAAAAUCAAAUAGCUAAAUUAUCUACGGUAUGACCAUCUUAAAACUAUCACCCCCCCCCAACGGAAGGAAACAUUGUCCGUUGCUUAGGGGUUAGGGGUUAGGCUGAGUAGUCUUAGGGAUUAGUUUAUGGGUUAGGGCAGUGGGUCCACAUUUUUUGGGGGGGGAUCAAAAUGGGGUCAUGGGCCAAAAAAGUUUGGCAACCACUGCCCUAACCCCUAAACUAACCCCUAAGAAUACUCACCCUAACCCCUAAGACUACUCACCCUAACCCCUAACCCCUAAGACUACUCACCCUAACCCCGAAGACUACUCACCCUAACCCCUAACCCAAACAGCCCUGCUAAAUGGCAUAUUAUAUGAACAGAUACUUUGUAAAUACUUUGUGCACAACAGCUGUGCCACGGAAUCACUGACUACACCCUGGCAGUAGACUGGGACAGUAUUUAAAGGAUCUAACUCUAUACUAACUAUAGGAUCCUCCUAAACAGCUGGAAUCACUGACUACACCCUGGCAGUAGACUGGGACAGUAUUUUAAGGAAGUUGAGAUCCUCCUAAUCAACUGUGUCCCCUCCCCAGGGCUCCAGAUGGACCCUCCAGGCCACCACCAUGGACGGAAACUUUGUAAGUGUUUUUCAACCCUCACAAACAACAAUGACAUAACACUAGUGAUCAAUUCUAUUUGAAUUCAAUAUUAAAGACACCCAAAGACACGUUUAACUGAAUUAAAGACACCCAAGGAAACGUUUAAAUAACUGCUGUUUCUCCUCUGCAGGGAAUUCUCAUUGUGCAGCCAGAUCAGAUGCAGGUUAGCCACGUCCCCUAUCUCUAUAUGAUAACUCUCUAUACUAACUAUACUAACUCUAUAUACUAACUAUACUAACUCUCUAUACUAACUAUACUAACUCUAUAUACUAACUAUACUAACUCUAUAUACUAACUAUACUAACUCUAUAUACUAACUAUACUAACUCUAUAUACUAACUAUACUAACUAUCUAUACUAACUAUACUGACUCUAUAUACUAUAUACUAACUCUAUAUACUAACUAUAAUAACUCUCUAUACUAACUAUACUAACUCUAUAUACUAUAUACUAACUCUAUAUAUUAACUAUACUAACUCUAUAUACUAACUAUACUGACUCUAUAUACUAACUAUACUAACUCUCUAUACUAACUAUACUAACUCUCUAUACUAACUAUACUAACUCUCUAUACUAACUAUACUAACUCUAUAUACUAACUAUACUAACUCUCUAUACUAACUAUAAUAACUCUCUAUACUAACUAUACUAACUCACUAUACUAAAUAUAAUAACUCUCUAUACUAACUAUACUGACUCUAUAUACUAUAUACUAACUCUAUAUAUUAACUAUACUAACUCUAUAUACUAACUAUACUGACUCUAUAUACUAUAUACUAACUCUAUAUACUAACUCUCUAUACUAACUAUAAUAACUCUAUAUACUAACUAUACUAACUCUCUAUACUAACUAUACUAACUCUCUAUACUAACUAUACUAACUCUAUAUACUAACUAUACUAACUCUAUAUACUAACUAUACUAACUCUCUAUAUUAACUAUACUAACUCUCUAUACUAACUAUACUAACUCUCUAUACUAACUAUACUAACUCUCUAUACUAACUAUACUAACUCUAUAUACUAACUAUACUAACUCUAUAUACUAACUAUACUAACUAUCUAUACUAACUAUACUAACUAUCUAUACUAACUAUACUAACUCUCUAUACUAACUAUAAUGACUCUAUAAACUAUAUACUAACUCUCUAUAUUAACUAUACUAACUCUCUAUACUAACUAUACUAACUCUCUAUACUAACUAUACUAACUCUCUAUACUAACUAUACUAACUCUAUACUACUAACUACUCUAUAAACGAACUGCUAAAACUAUAUAAGAACUCUCUAUAUUAACUAGACUAACCCUAUACUAACUAACAACUCUCUAACUAUAUACUAACUAUCUAUACUAACUAACUAACUAUCAUACUAACUAACUAACUCUCUAUACUAACUAUAAUGACUCUAAAACUAUAUUAACUCUCUAUAUUAAUAUACUAACUCUCUAUACUAACUAUACUAACUCUAUAACUAACGUAUACUAACUCCUAUACUAACUAUACUAACUCUAUAUAUUAACUAUACUAACUCUAUAUACGAACUAUACGAACUCCUAUACUAACAACUAACUCAUACGAACAUACUAACUCUCUAAGCUAACUAUAAAUCUAUACAACGAGACUAAUCUAUAAACUAUUACUAACCCUAUAACUAACUACUCCUAACUACGAUACUAACGCCGAUACAACUAUACUAACUCCAUACUAACUAUACAACCUCUAUACUAACGAUAACUAACUCUCUAACAACUAACAACUCUCUAAUUAACUAUACAACUCUCUAUACUGAACUAACAACGCUCUAACUAACUAACGAACUCGUCUAGACUAACGAGACAACUCUCUAUACGAACAUACAACUCGUCUAUACGAACGAGACUAACUCGUCGAACUAACAGAAUGACUCAAAACUAUGUAUUAACUCUCAAUUAACAUACUAACGCUCUAUAUAACUAUACUAACCUCUAUACGAACAUAAAACUCUCUAUACUAAACUAUACUAACGAGAAACUAAACGAAUCGUAACGAACUAGACAACUCCGAUACGAACUAUACACUCCUAAUAAGAACUAACUCCGAUACUAACUAGACUAACCGCUAUACUAACUAUACUAACUCUCUAUACUAACAAAUGACCAUAAACAAUAUGUAACUCUUAAACUAUACUAACUCUCUAUACUAACUAUACAACUCUCGAUACGAACAUACUAACUCUCUAAACACUGAACUAACUCUCUAACUAACUAUACUAACUCCUAUAUUAACUAUACAACUCUCUAUACUAACUAUACUAAUCUAAACUAUACAACUCUCAUACAACUAUACUAACUCUCUAUAACUAAACUAACGCUCAUAUGAACUAGACUAACGUCUCUAUACAACUAUACGAACUCUCUAAACUAACAACUAACUCUCUAUAUACAACUGAACCCUAACUAACUAUAACACUAUCAACACACUCUGAUACUAACUAACAACUCUCUAUACUAACUAUACUAACUCUCUAUACUAACUAGACGACUCUCUAUACUAACUAUACUAACGCCUAUACUAACUAUAAAAACUAUACUACUAUAGAACUCUGAACACUCAGACUAACCAUACUAAUAAAUAACUCGACAACAUAAUAACGCGCUAUACUAACUAGACUAACUCUCUAACUAACUAACUAACCUCUAGACAACUAAAAACUCUCUAGACUAACGAUACUAACUCCUAUGAUUAACUAUACGAACUCGUAUAAACUAAUACUAACGCGUCGAGACAACAACUAACGCUGCUAUACGAACUAACAACUGCUCUAUACUAACGAUACUAACUCUCUAUAUUAACUAUACUAACUCGCUAUAAACUAUACUAACUCUCAUAAUAACGAUGACUAACGCUCUAUAGAACAUACAACUCUAUAAACUAGAACAACGCUAUAAACUAUAUACUAACUCUCUAUACAACUAUAAAACUCCACAAUACUAACUAACUGACUCAUAUACUAACUCUCAUACUAUAUACUAACUCUAAAACUAAUAUCAACUCUAUAUACAAUACGAACUCUAUAACUAACAUAAACUAUACAACUCUCUAUACUAACUAUAACUAACUCUAUAAACAUAUACUAACUCAUAUCUAACCAUAAACAUAACUAACUCUCUAACUAACUAUACUAACUCUAUAAAUUAUAACUAACUCUCUAUACUAACUAGACUAACUCUAUAAACUAUAUACUAACUCUAUAUACUAUACUAACUCUAUAAACCAUAUACUAACUCUCUAUACUAACUAUACUAACUCUAUAAACUAUAUACUAACUCUCUAUACUAACUAUACUAACUCUAUAAACUAUAUACUAACUCUAUACUAUAUACUAACUCUAUAAACUAUAUACUAACUCUCUAUACUAACUAUACUAACUCUAUAAACUAUAUACUAACUCUAUAAACACUAUAUACUAACUCUCUAUACUAUAUAUACUAACUCUAUAAACAAUAUACUAACUCUCUAUACUAACUAUACUAACUCUAUAAACUAUAUACUAAACUCUAAACGAUAUACUAACUCUAUAUACUACAAUACUAACUCUCUAACUAACUAUACAACUCUGUAAAACUAUAUACUAGCUCUCUAUACAUAUACAACUCAUAACUAUAUACUAACUCUCUAUACUAAUACUAACUCUAUAAACUAUAUACUAACUCUAUAAACUAUAUACUAACUCUAUAAACUAUAUACUAUCUCUAUACUAACUAUACUAACUCUGUAAACUAUAUACUAGCUCUCUAUACUAUAUACUAACUUAUAACUAUAUAAACCCAUACUAAUACUACUCUAUAACUAUAUACUAACUCUCUAUACUAUAUACUAACUCUAUAAACUAUAUACUAACCUAAUACUUAUACUACUCUAUAACUAUUACUACUCUAUAUAACUAUACUAACUCUAUAAACAUAUACUAACUCUCUAAUAUAUACUAACUCUAAAACAUAUACUAAUCUAUAACAUACUACUCUGUAAACUAUAUACUAGCUCUCUAUACAUUACUAACUCUAAAACUAUAGACUAACUCCAUAACUAUAUAUAACUCUAAAACUAUAUACAAUCUAUAAACUAUAUACUAACUCUAAAAUAAACUUAUAUACUAACCUCUUAACAACUAUACUAACUCUGAUAACAUAACUAACUCUAUAACUAUAUACUAACUCUUAUAAAUACAAUAACUAACCUAUAAACAAUACAACUCUAAUACUAUAUACAACUCAUAAACAUAUACUAACUAACUCUCAUCAUACUAAAUAUAAUUAACUCUAUAAACUAUAUACUAACUCUCUAUACUAACUAUACUAACUAUAUAAACUAUAUACUAACUCUAUAUACUAACUAUACUAACUCUAUACUAUAAACUACAGUACCAGUCAAAAGUUUGGACACACCUAGUCAUCCAUGUUUUUCUUUAUUUUUACUAUUUUUUACAUUGUAGAAUAAUAGUGAAGACAUCAAAACUAUGAAAUACAACAUACGGAAUCAUGUAGUAACCAAAAAAGUGUUAAAACAAAUCAAAAUAUAUUUUAUUUUUAAUCAUUCUUCAAAUAGCCACCCUUUGCCUUGAUGACACUUUGCACACUUCUUGGCAUUCUCUCAACCAGUUUCAUGAGGAUUGCUUUCCAACAUCUUGAAAGGAGUUCCCCACAUAUGCUGAGCACUUGUUGGCUGCUUUUCCUUCACUCUGCGGUCCAACCAUCCCAAACCAUCGCAAUUGGGUUGAGGUCGGGGGAUUGUGGAGGUCAGGUCAUCUGAUGCAGCACUCCAUCACUCUCCUUGGUCAAAUAGCCCUUACACAGCCUGGAGGUGUGUUUUGGGUCAUUGUCCUGUUGAAAAACUAAUGAUAGUCCCACUAAGCCCAAACCAGAUGGGAUGGCGUAUCGCUGCAGAAUGCUGUGGUAGCCAUGCUGGUUAAGUGUGCCUUGAAUUCUAAAUAAAUCACUGACAGUGUCACCAGCAAAGCACCCCCACACCGUCACACCUCCUCCUCCAUGCUUCACGGUGGGAACCACACAUGUGGAGAUCAUCCAUUCACCUACUCUGCGUCUCACAAAGACACGGCGGUUGGAACCAAAAAUCUCAAAUUUGUACUCAUCAGACCAAAGGCCAGAUUUCCACUGGUCUAAUGUCCAUUGCUUGUGUUUCUUGGCCCAAGCAAGUCUCUUCGUCUUAUUGGUGUCCUUUAGUAGUGGUUUCUUUGCAGCAAUUCGACCGUGAAGGCCUGAUUCACGCAGUCUCCUCUGAACAGUUGAUGUUGAGAUGUGUCUGUUACUUGAACUCUGUGAAGCAUUUAUUUGGGCUGCAAUCUGAGGUGUAGUUAACUCUAAUGAACUUAUCCUCUGCAGCAGAGGUAACUCUGGGUCUUCCUUUCCUGUGGCGGUCUUCAUGAGAGCCAGUUUCAUCAUAGCGCUUGAUGGUUUUUGCGACUGCACUUGAAGAAACUUUCAAAGUUCUUGACAUUUUCCGGAUUGACUGUCCUUCAUGUCUUAAAGUAAUGAUGGACUGUCGUUUCUCUUUGCUUAUUUGAGCUGUUCUUGCCAUAAUAUGUACUUGGUCUUUUACCAAAUAGGGCUAUCUUCUGUAUACCACCCCUACCUUGUCACAACACAACUGAUUGGCUCAAACGCACUAAGAAGGAAAGAAAUUCCACAAAUUAACUUUUAACAAGGCACACCUGUUAAUUGAAAUGCAUUCCAGGUGACUACCUCAUGAAGCUGGUUGAGAGAAUGCCAAGAGUGUGCAAAGCUGUCAUCAAGGCAAAGGGUGACUACUUUGAAGAAUCUCAAAUAUAAAAUAUAUUUUUGUGGUAUCUGGCCAAUAUACCACUGCUAAGGACUAAAUCUGCUUUGCAUCGUGCAUAAGAACAGCCCUUAGCCGGGGUAUAUUGGCCAAUAUACCACACCCCCUCAGGCCUUAUAGUUUAAAUAUACCACACCCCCUCAGAACGUAUUGUUUAAAUAUACCACACCCCCUCAGAACUUAUUGUUUAAAUAUACCACACCCCCUCAGAACUUAUUGCUUAAAUAUAUACACUGCUCAAAAAAAUUAAGGGAACACUAAAAUAACACAUCCUAGAUCUGAAUGAACGAAAUAAUCUUAUUAAAUAGUUUUUUCUUUACAUAGUUGAAUGUGCUGACAACAAAAUCACACAAAAAUUAUCAAUGGAAAUCAAAUGUAUCAACCCAUGGAGGUCUGGAUUUGGAGUCACACUCAAAAUUAAAGUGGAAAACCACACUACAGGCUGAUCCAACUUUGAUGUAAUGUCCUUAAAACAAGUCAAAAUGAGGCUCAGUAGUGUGUGUGGCCUUCACGUGCCUGUAUGACCUCCCUACAACGCCUGGGCAUGCUCCUGAUGAGGUGGCGGAUGGUUUCCUGAGGGAUCUCCUCCCAGACCUGGACUAAAGCAUCUGCCAACUCCUGGAUAGUCUGUGGUGCAACGUGGCGUUGGUGGAUGGAGCGAGACAUGAUGUCCCAGAUGUGCUCAAUUGGAUUCAGGUCUGGGGAACGGGCGGGCCAGUCCAUAGCAUCAAUGCCUUCCUCUUGCAGGAACUGCUGACACACUCCAGCCACAUGAGGUCUAGCAUUGUCUUGCAUUAGGAGGAACCCAGGGCCAACCGCACCAGCAUAUGGUCUCACAAGGGGUCUGAGGAUCUCAUCUCGGUACCUAAUGGCAGUCAGGCUACCUCUGGCGAGCACAUGGAGGGCUGUGCGGCCCCCCAAAGAAAUGCCACCCCACACCAUGACUGACCCACUGCCAAACCGGUCAUGCUGGAGGAUGUUGCAGGCAGCAGAACGUUCUCCACGGCGUCUCCAGACUCUGUCACGUCUGUCACAUGUGCUCAGUGUGAACCUGCUUUCAUCUGUGAAGAGCACAGGGCGCCAGUGGCGAAUUUGCCAAUCUUGGUGUUCUCUGGCAAAUGCCAAACGUUCUGCACGGUGUUGGGCUGUAAGCACAACCCCCACCUGUGGACGUCGGGCCCUCAUACCACCCUCAUGGAGUCUGUUUCUGACCGUUUGAGCAGACACAUGCACAUUUGUGGCCUGCUGGAGGUCAUUUUGCAGGGCUCUGGCAGUGCUCCUCCUGCUCCUCCUUGCACAAAGGCGGAGGUAGCGGCCCUGCUGCUGGGUUGUUGCCUUCCUACGGCCUCCUCCACGUCUCCUGAUGUACUGGCCUGUCUCCUGGUAGCGCCUCCAUGCUCUGGACACUACGCUGACAGACACAGCAAACCUUCUUGCCACAGCUCGCAUUGAUGUGCCAUCCUGGAUGAGCUGCACUACCUGAGCCACUUGUGUGGGUUGUAGACUCCGUCUCAUGCUACUACUAGAGUGAAAGCACCGCCAGCAUUCAAAAGUGACCAAAACAUCAGCCAGGAAGCAUAGGAACUGAGAAGUGGUCUGUGGUCACCACCUGCAAAACCAGUCCUUUAUUGGGGGUGUCUUGCUAAUUGCCUAUAAUUUCCACCUGUUGUCUAUUCCAUUUGCACAACAGCAUGUGAAAUGUAUUGUCAAUCAGUGUUGCUUCCUAAGUGGACAGUUUGAUUUCACAGAAGUGUGAUUGACUUGGAGUUACAUUGUGUUGUUUAAGUGUUCCCUUUAUUUUUUUUAGCAGUGUACAAUAAUUUGUAGCUGUGACAUGCUCUUACCAUGUACUGCUUCCUCCGUCUCCUCUCUGUCUCUGUCAGACUGUCAACCCCAUCCUGAUCUUGGCCCUGGUUCCCAUCGUGGACAGCGUGCUCUACCCUCUCAUAGAGAAAUGCCACCUGAACUUCACGUGAGUUGUGCUCCCUGCAGUAUCAUACAGCCACACACACUGGGCUUCAGGUUGUACAACUGAUGCUUCUGAUACAACACAUGUACACACUUUGUCCGCACAAACAUGUUAACACAAGCAGUGUGUGUGUGUGUGUCUGUGUGUGUGUGUGUGUGUCUGUGUGUGUGUGUGUGUCUGUGUGUGUGUCUGUGUGUGUGUGUGUGUGUGUAGGCCUCUAAAGAGGAUGACAGUGGGGAUGCUGAUGGCUGCGUUGGCUUUUGUAGCCGCUGCCCUGCUGCAGUUACAGAUUGAUGUGAGUAUACACACACACACACACACACACACACACACACACACACACACACACACACACACACACACACACACACACACACAAAGAGAAACCAAAGCAGAGUGAAACGGAGAGCUAAGGUUUUGUUUUAAUUGAGAUGUGUUCUUGCAGCAAACCCUUCCCAAGCUGCCCUCAGGUGUGGCAGGCCAGGUGAAGUUCCUGAAUCUCAACAACGCCCCGCUGACUGUUACUAUUGACGGGACAACUGAUUUCUCUGUACCUGCUCACCAGGCAAGUCAUUUAGCCUCUACUCUCAUAUCAAGUGCUGCCCAAAAACUAUUCUGUACUGUCAUUGAAGACACAUUCUGAUCAUGAUCCUCCCUGCUUCCUUCAGGUGAAUUCUGGGGACUAUUUGACGUUUGACAAACCAGUCAAAGUCAUGUUCAACAAGAACGCGUCAGCGACGUAUGAACUUCUCUUAAAGUCUCAGACCCGACACACAGCCCUGGUUUCUCCAACCCUGGAUCUGGACGUGGUGAGUUUUCUACCAUAUUUACUCCUAAUGUCUGAUGAAAUGAAUCUACAGAACAGAGCUUGGUACAUAGUCAUUGGAUCUGCCACUCUAGUCUUGACCUGAGUUGAUCUGCCGCUCUAGUCUCAGUCCAAGACUCAGUCUAUCAGCCACUAUGUCUGUUGUUGAUAUCAGUCUAUCAGCCACUAUACAUGUUGUUGAUAUCAGUCUAUCAAUCAGCCACUAUACAUGUUGUUGAUAUCAGUCUAUCAGCCACUAUACAUGUUGUUGAUAUCAGUCUAUCAAUCAGCCACUAUACAUGUUGUUGAUAUCAGUCUAUCAGCCACUAUACAUGUUGUUGAUAUCAGUCUAUCAGCCACCACUAUACGUGUUGCUGAUAUCAGUCUAUCAGCCACUAUAUAUGUUGUUGAUAUCAGUCUAUCAGCCACUAUACGUGUUGUUGAUAUCAGUCUAUCAGCCACUAUACGUGUUGUUGAUAUCAGUCUAUCAGCCACUAUACGUGUUGUUGAUAUCAGCCUAUCAGCCACUAUACGUGUUGUUGAUAUCAGUCUAUCAGCCACUAUACAUGUUGUUGAUAUCAGUCUAUCAGCCACUAUACAUGUUGUUGAUAUCAGCCUAUCAGCCACUAUACAUGUUGUUGAUAUCAGUCUAUCAGCCACUAUACAUGUUGUUGAUAUCAGUCUAUCAGCCACUGUACAUGUUGUUGAUAUCAGUCUAUCAGCCACUAUACAUGUUGUUGAUAUCAGUCUAUCAGCCACUAUACAUGUUGUUGAUAUCAGUCUAUCAGCCACUAUACAUGUUGUUGAUAUCAGUCUAUCAGCCACUCUACAUGUUGUUGAUAUCAGUCUAUCAGCCACUAUACAUGUUGUUGAUAUCAGCCACUCUACAUGUUGUUGAUAUCAGUCUAUCAGCCACUAUACAUGUUGUUGAUAUCAGCAACUCUACAUGUUGUUGAUAUCAGUCUAUCAGCCACUAUACAUGUUGAUAUCAGCCACUCUACAUGUUGUUGAUAUCAGUCUAUCAGCCACUAUACAUGUUGUUGAUAUCAGCCUAUCAGCCACUAUACAUGUUGUUGAUAUCAGCCUAUCAGCCACUAUACAUGUUGUUGAUAUCAGUCUAUCAGCCACUAUACAUGUUGUUGAUAUCAGUCUAUCAGCCACUAUGUCUGUUGUUGAUAUCAGCCUAUCAGCCACUAUACAUGUUGUUGAUAUCAGUCUAUCAGCCACUAUACAUGUUGUUGAUAUCAGUCUAUCAGCCACUAUACAUGUUGUUGAUAUCAGUCUAUCAGCCACUAUACAUGUUGUUGAUAUCAGUCUAUCAGCCACUAUACAUGUUGUUGAUAUCAGCCACUAUACAUGUUGUUGAUAUCAGUCUAUCAGCCACUAUACAUGUUGUUGAUAUCAGCCACUCUACAUGUUGUUGAUAUCAGUCUAUCAGCCACUAUACAUGUUGUUGAUAUCAGCCACUAUACAUGUUGUUGAUAUCAGUCUAUCAGCCACUCUACAUGUUGUUGAUAUCAGUCUAUCAGCCACUAUACAUGUUGUUGAUAUCAGUCUAUCAGCCACUAUGUCUGUUGUUGAUAUCAGCCUAUCAGCCACUAUACAUGUUGUUGAUAUCAGUCUAUCAGCCACUAUACAUGUUGUUGAUAUCAGCCUAUCAGCCACUAUACAUGUUGUUGAUAUCAGUCUAUCAGCCACUAUACAUGUUGUUGAUAGUCUAUCAGCCACUAUACAUGUUGUUGAUAUCAGCCUAUCAGCCACUAUACAUGUUGUUGAUAUCAGUCUAUCAGCCACUAUACAUGUUGUUGAUAUCAGCCACUAUACAUGUUGUUGAUAUCAGUCUAUCAGCCACUAUACAUGUUGUUGAUAUCAGCCACUCUACAUGUUGUUGAUAUCAGUCUAUCAGCCACUAUACAUGUUGUUGAUAUCAGCCACUAUACAUGUUGUUGAUAUCAGUCUAUCAGCCACUCUACAUGUUGUUGAUAUCAGUCUAUCAGCCACUAUACAUGUUGUUGAUAUCAGUCUAUCAGCCACUAUGUCUGUUGUUGAUAUCAGCCUAUCAGCCACUAUACAUGUUGUUGAUAUCAGUCUAUCAGCCACUAUACAUGUUGUUGAUAUCAGCCUAUCAGCCACUAUACAUGUUGUUGAUAUCAGUCUAUCAGCCACUAUACAUGUUGUUGAUAUCAGUCUAUCAGCCACUAUACAUGUUGUUGAUAUCAGCCUAUCAGCCACUAUACAUGUUGUUGAUAUCAGUCUAUCAGCCACUAUACAUGUUGUUGAUAUCAGUCUAUUAGCCACUAUACAUGUUGUUGAUAUCAGCCUAUCAGCCACUAUACAUGUUGUUGAUAUCAGUCUAUCAGCCACUAUACAUGUUGUUGAUAUCAGUCUAUCAGCCACUAUACAUGUUGUUGAUAUCAGUCUAUCAGCCACUAUACAUGUUGUUGAUAUCAGUCUAUCAGCCACUAUACAUGUUGUUGAUAUCAGUCUAUUAGCCACUAUACAUGUUGUUGAUAUCAGCCUAUCAGCCACUAUACAUGUUGUUGAUAUCAGUCUAUCAGCCACUAUACAUGUUGUUGAUAUCAGUCUAUUAGCCACUAUACAUGUUGUUGAUAUCAGUCUAUUAGCCACUAUACAUGUUGUUGAUAUCAGCCUAUCAGCCACUAUACAUGUUGUUGAUAUCAGUCUAUCAGCCACUAUACAUGUUGUUGAUAUCAGUCUAUCAGCCACUAUACAUGUUGUUGAUAUCAGUCUAUUAGCCACUAUACAUGUUGUUGAUAUCAGUCUAUCAGCCACUAUACAUGUUGUUGAUAUCAGUCUAUCAGCCACUAUACAUGUUGUUGAUAUCAGUCUAUUAGCCACUAUACAUGUUGUUGAUAUCAGUCUAUCAGCCACUAUACAUGUUGUUGAUAUCAGUCUAUCAGCCACUAUACAUGUUGUUGAUAUCAGCCACUAUACAUGUUGUUGAUAUCAGUCUAUCAGCCACUAUACAUGUUGUUGAUAUCAGCCACUCUACAUGUUGUUGAUAUCAGUCUAUCAGCCACUAUACAUGUUGUUGAUAUCAGUCUAUCAGCCACUAUACAUGUUGUUGAUAUCAGUCUAUCAGCCACUAUACAUGUUGUUGAUAUCAGUCUAUCAGCCACUAUACAUGUUGUUGAUAUCAGUCUAUCAGCCACUAUACAUGUUGUUGAUAUCAGUUUAUCAGCCACUAUACAUGUUGUUGAUAUCAGUCUAUCAGCCACUCUACAUGUUGUUGAUAUCAGUCUAUCAGCCACUAUACAUGUUGUUGAUAUCAGUCUAUCAGCCACUAUACAUGUUGUUGAUAUCAGCCACUAUACAUGUUGUUGAUAUCAGUCUAUCAGCCACUAUACAUGUUGUUGAUAUCAGUCUAUCAGCCACUAUACAUGUUGUUGAUAUCAGUCUAUCAGCCACUAUACAUGUUGUUGAUAUCAGUCUAUCAGCCACUAUACAUGUUGUUGAUAUCAGUCACUAUGUCUGUUGUUGAUAUCAGUCUAUCAGCCACUAUACAUGUUGUUGAUAUCAGUCACUAUGUCUGUUGUUGAUAUCAGUCUAUCAGCCACUAUACAUGUUGUUGAUAUCAGUCUGUCAGCCACUAUACAUGUUGUUGAUAUCAGUCUAUCAGCCACUAUACAUGUUGUUGAUAUCAGUCUAUCAGCCACUAUUUAUGUUGUUGAUAUCAGUCUAUCAGCCACUAUAUAUGUUGUUGAUAUCAGUCUAUCAGCCACUAUACAUGUUGUUGAUAUCAGUCUAUCAGCCACUAAGGAAUGUAACAUCCCCUCCUGUUUCCUUCUCGUCGUCUCUCUUCAGGUUUACGACUUGAGCAAGAAGCCAGAUGAGGGCCUGAACGCCAUCAGGUCAGUUACAACAGACCCCGUAGUGGUUAGGGUCAGGACCCCGAGUGUUACCAACAGACCCAGUAGUGGUUAGGGUCAGGACCCCGAGUGUUACCAACAGACCCCGUAGUGGUUAGGGUCAGGACCCCGAGUGUUACCAACAGACCCCGUAGUGGUUAGGGUCAGGACCCUGAGUGUUACCAACAGACCCAGUAGUGGUUAGGGUCAGGACCCCGAGUGUUACCAACAGACCCAGUAGUGGUUAGGAUCAGGACCCCGAGUGUUACCAACAGACCCAGUAGUGGUUAGGGUCAGGACCCUGAGUGUUACCAACAGUCCCCGUAGUGGUUAGGGUCAGGACCCUGAGUGUUACCAACAGUCCCCGUAGUGGUUAGGGUCAGGACCCUGAGUGUUACCAACAGUCCCAGUAGAGGUUGGGGUCAGGACCCUGAGUGUUACCAACAGACCCAGUAGUGGUUAGGGUCAGGACCCUGAGUGUUACCAACAGUCCCCGGGUUAGGGUUAGGGUCAGGACCCUGAGUGUUACCAACAGACCCAGUAGUGGUUAGGGUCAGGACCCUGAGUGUUACCAACAGUCCCCGUAGUGGUUAGGGUCAGGACCCCGAGUGUUACCAACAGUCCCAGUAGUGGUUAGGGUCAGGACCCCGAGUGUUACCAACAGUCCCAGUAGAGGUUGUGGUCAGGACCCUGAGUGUUACCAACAGACCCAGUAGUGGUUAGGGUCAGGACCCUGAGUGUUACCAACAGUCCCAGUAGUGGUUAGGGUCAGGACCCUGAGUGUUACCAACAGUCCCCGUAGUGGUUAGGGUCAGGACCCUGAGUGUUACCAACAGUCCCAGUAGUGGUUAGGGUCAGGACCCCGAGUGUUACCAACAGUCCCAGUAGUGGUUAGGGUCAGGACCCCGAGUGUUACCAACAGACCCAGUAGUGGUUAGGAUCAGGACCCCGAGUGUUACCAACAGACCCAGUAGUGGUUAGGGUCAGGACCCUGAGUGUUACCAACAGUCCCCGUAGUGGUUAGGGUCAGGACCCUGAGUGUUACCAACAGUCCCCGUAGUGGUUAGGGUCAGGACCCUGAGUGUUACCAACAGUCCCAGUAGAGGUUGGGGUCAGGACCCUGAGUGUUACCAACAGACCCAGUAGUGGUUAGGGUCAGGACCCUGAGUGUUACCAACAGUCCCAGUAGUGGUUAGGGUCAGGACCCUGAGUGUUACCAACAGUCCCAGUAGUGGUUAGGGUCAGGGCCCCGAGUGUUACCAACAGUCCCAGUAGUGGUUAGGGUCAGGACCCCGAGUGUUACCAACAGUCCCAGUAGUGGUUAGGGUCAGGACCCUGAGUGUUACCAACAGACCCAGUAGUGGUUAGGGUCAGGACCCCGAGUGUUACCAACAGUCCCAGUAGUGGUUAGGGUCAGGACCCUGAGUGUUACCAACAGACCCAGUAGUGGUUAGGGUCAGGACCCAGUAGUGGUUAGGGUCAGGACCCAGUAGUGGUUAGGGUCAGGACCCAGUAGUGGUUAGGGUCAGGACCCAGUAGUGGUUAGGGUCAGGACCCAGUAGUGGUUAGGGUCAGGACCCAGUAGUGGUUAGGGUCAGGACCCAGUAGUGGUUAGGGUCAGGACCCAGUAGUGGUUAGGGUCAGGGGUCCAAAGCAGGGUCAAUGAGUUAUCCAGCUAAAGUGUUCCUGUUGUUCUCCUCUUCCAUGUUGUAGAUUUGUGAAUGGUUUGGGCAGUGCCUUGAAUGUUACGCUGGGAGUCGGUGACAUCGCUCCUCUGUCUGUCUCCAACUACAGUCUGGUUCCACAGGGAAAGUGAGUGGCUUUCUGCUUUAUAAUUAUUUAUAUCAACACACAUUCAUACUGUACAGCAGAGAGAGAGAGAGAGAGAGAGAGAGGAGAGAGAGAGAGAGAGAGAGAGAGAGAGAGAGAGAGAGAGAGAGCGAGAAGAUAGAAGAAUAGGAUAGCGAGAGGAUCGAGAUCCUCGAUACUCUCCUACCACUCGCAUGACUAGAUAGAGAGAGAUACGGAUCUAGAGAGCGAGAUAACGACGACACAGAAGACACCACAUGAGAAGAGAGAGAGCUUUAGUGAGUGUGUUGUGAUUGGUUGUCGUGUGUCCCAGGGCAGGGUUUACCAUCAUGGACCGUGCUGGUGCAUCAUGUCUGUACUCUAAAGAGCUGGGCUUUGGCAGCGCCUUCACCCUCGUCAUACCGUCCACAUUCGACAUCGUCAGCCCUGAUGUAAGUCCUCUAACCUUUAACCCCUGACAGCUAACCACCCUAGCAACCCCCCUAGCAAUGUACUGUGUGUGAUUGCGUUGUUGAAGGCCCAUGUUGAACUGUUUGGCAGGGUUUUAAAGCAUGUUUUUUUCUGUUGUUUGCCGUGUGUCCACUGUGUAGUAACGGUGAUGAAUGUGUUGAUUACUGUGUCCAGUGUUGGCAGGCCAUCCAGGUGAUAGAAGACAUCAAGCCCAACACCAUCCACAUGGGCUGGCAGAUCCCUCAGUACUUCCUCAUGACAGCUGGAGAGGUGGUGUUCUCUGUGACUGGCCUGGAGUUCUCCUACUCACAGGUAGGGGGCGACACUCUGUCCCGUCACACUAGCCUUUAACUUCUCUUUCAUCCAAACAUAGCUCAACUAAGAUCUGUUUCUUUUGUCAAUUAAGUUUAAAUUCUCAUCUCAACCCCAAAAUCUUGUGCACAUCUCUUCUUGUUCCGCAGGCGCCUAGCAACAUGAAGUCGGUACUGCAGGCUGGUUGGCUGUUCACCGUCGCCGUGGGCAACAUCAUAGUGCUGAUUGUGGCCGAGGCAGCACAGCUCCCAGAUCAGGUUACUACAUCUCUUCUAACCUCUAGAACCCUAUACAACCCCCUAAACAAUACUGACCACUGUACCGAGGUCAGAUUUGGCCUAAGUUCAUUGAUAUCUAAACCCUGGGGUCUGUGUCUUCCAGUGGACAGAGUACUGAUAUUAACCCCUGUGUCUUCCAGUGGACAGAGUACUGAUAUUAACCCCUGUGUCUUCCAGUGGACAGAGUACUGAUAUUAACCCCUGUGUGUUCCAGUGGACAGAGUACUGAUAUUAACCCCUGUGUCUUCCAGUGGACAGAGUACUGAUAUUAACCCCUGUGUCUUCCAGUGGGCAGAGUACUGAUAUUAACCCCUGUGUGUUCCAGUGGACAGAGUACUGAUAUUAACCCCUGUGUCUUCCAGUGGGCAGAGUACUGAUAUUAACCCCUGUGUGUUCCAGUGGACAGAGUACUGAUAUUAACCCCUGUGUCUUCCAGUGGACAGAGUACUGAUAUUAACCCCUGUGUCUUCCAGUGGACAGAGUACUGAUAUUAACCCCUGUGUCUUCCAGUGGGCAGAGUACUGAUAUUAACCCCUGUGUGUUCCAGUGGACAGAGUACUGAUAUUAACCCCUGUGUCUUCCAGUGGGCAGAGUACGUCCUGUUUGCCUCUCUCCUUGUGGCGGUGUGUAUUGUGUUCGCUGUCAUGUCCUAUUUCUACACCUACACUGACCCAGCGGAGAUCGAGGCCAAGUUCAGCCAGCUGCAACACGAGCCAGAGGAGAAGAAGAAGAGAGAUAGCGUUAAGAUGGAGAGUAACAACAACAAGAGAUAUUCUGUUGAUGAGCAACACAACCAAGAAGUUAAACAGAGCAAGAUGUAA